GGCACCAUACAAUACAUGUUAGCGGAUGAUGGUCCUUAUGACCGGUUUUGAAAAAUAACUUAGCCUAUCUAAACUGUUUGUCCUAAACAAAAGACAUUGUGUAUACCGCAUUUGAAUAUGUAAGGUCAAAACCAUACAAUAUUGUCGCUAUUAUCUCAGUAGUCUGAAUCGUUAAGAGAUAGAAUAGAGAUGCUACCCGGUUGCUAGCUAGUUGCAGUUAGCAUAGCUGCACGCUACAGUAAAGGGUCGCCUGGGAUAACGUGAACAACAUAUUUAUGCUGUAUUUAUUGUAGUUUUUCUUCAGAGUUAGCUAACAAUGAAGUGUCACUAUGAGGUCUUGGGUGUGAAACGGGACGCUGGAGACGAUGAUUUAAAAAAAGCGUAUCGUAAAUUAGCGUUGAAAUGGCAUCCAGAUAAAAACUUGGACAAUGCUGAGGAAGCAGCAGAACACUUCAAGCUAAUUCAGGCAGCUUAUGAUGUCCUGAGUGAUCCGCAGGAGAGAGCUUGGUAUGACAAUCACAGGGAUGCUCUUCUAAAAGGAGGUAUCAGUGGAGAUUAUGAAGAUGACAGCAUUGACCUGCUGCAGUUCUUCACUGUCACCUGCUACUCUGGUUAUGGAGAUGACGAGAAGGGAUUUUACACAGUUUACAGGAAUCUCUUUGAGUCCCUAGUUAAGGAGGAGAUGGAGCAUGGCAAGGUGGAAGAUGACGACGAUGAGGAGUUUCCUCCCUUUGGAGACUCCGAGAGCGACUAUGAUACCGUUGUGCACGUGUUUUACGCCUACUGGCAGAGCUUCUGCACUCGUAAAAACUUUGCCUGGAAGGAGGAGUAUGAUACGAGGCAGGCCUCCAACCGCUGGGAGAAAAGAGCCAUGGAGAAGGAGAACAAGAAGACCAGAGACAAGGCUCGAAAGGAGCGCAACGAACUUGUGCGACAACUCAUUGCUUUUGUUCGCAAGCGUGACCGGCGUGUGAUGGCCCACAGGAAGCUGGUGGAGGAGCAGAAUGCUGAGAAGAUCAAGAAGGUGGAGGAGCUGAGGCGGAAGCAGAAGCUCAACCAGGCAAAACUGGCAGAGGAGUACAAGGAGCAGAGCUGGGCGGCCAUGUCUGAACUUGAGAAGGAGCUGCAGCAGAUGGAGGCUCAGUACGGAGAGGAGUUCGGAGAUGCAUCAGAGAGCGAGGAGGAGGAGCUGGAUAUGGACACGCGGGAGAAGAACAGCGACGAGGGAGAUGCAGAGCAGCCUGAUGGAGACGAACUGACAAUUGAUGAUUAUUACGAUGGUCUGUACUGCCCGGCCUGUGACAAAUCCUUCAAAUCAGAUAAAGCUAUGAAAAACCAUGAGAAAUCUAAAAAGCAUCGGGAGAUGGUGGCGUUGCUGCGGCAACAGCUGGAGGAAGAAGAGGAGUCGCUUGGGUUGAAUCAGGAUGAAAAGGAUGAGCAAGAGAAGGAAAAUGAGCAAAAAGAGGAAGAGGAGGAAGAUGAAGAGGAAGAUAAGCCAAGGCAAAAGCUUUCAAAGAAGCAAAAGAGGAAAAAGAAACAGCAGAAAGUCAUGCAGAGUGCACCAGAGGAGCAGGAGCAGGAGCAGGAGCAGGAGCAGGAGCAGGAGCAGGAGCAGGAGGGAGAGAAACCUUCGCCGACCACCUGUGAGGAAGAAUCCGUCGAGAAGUCAGAGAUCACUACAGAGCCUGAGAAGCAGGAUGAUCCUCCUCCCACAGAAGUCAAGAGCAGCUCUGGGAAGACAAAAGGAAAGAAAGGAGGAGGAAAAGACAAACCGAAGAAUGUCAAGUCCAACACAGGAGGAGAACAGUGUCCUGAGAGGGAAGUAAACCUCCGCUGCGUGACCUGCAACAACGAGUUCGCCACAAGAAACAAGCUGUUUGACCAUCUAAAGACCAGCGGUCACGCCAGCGCACUCUCUUCAAACGCCUCUCAUAACUCCACAAACAAGAGCAAAAAAGACAAGAAGAAGAACAGAUAGCACAUCUUCAUCUGGACAGAUGAACCUGGAGGAGUUUGACUCUGCAGGGACACAGGAAACAAUGGAAAAGUACAUUUAAAGAAAGCG